AUGCAGGGCUCAGGCACAUGGAAGAACCACGGCCAUGACCCCGAGGAGGAGUAUGUGAUUGCAGGAUAUGCUGAUACGAUGUUUUUUGGGUACUAUCUUUCCAGUGGAUGCACCGGCGUUAGGACCGGCCUGUGUAUACUAGCGAAGUCAGAGAUGAGGACCUCGAUAACGUCCUCAAACCCACGCCACGACGUCCUGGGAGUCCCCCGGGGGUUCGUCCGAAGAAUAGUAAACGGGCUUAGGAACGGAAUACUUUCCAAGGUAGCAAAGAGAGACGGUGUUGAAGCUUCUCAAAGGACUUGUGUUGGUUUGGUCGUUACCACUGGCCAAUGGUGCCAUUUCAAGAUGCGAAUUAUGUAA